AGAAGAUGAAUCAGGCUCCGGAGAACGAGGUUUGUUCAAUAUGCCACGGCAAUUUCAGUGCUCCUUGCCAAGCCAAUUGCUCCCACUGGUUUUGCGGAAACUGCAUUAUGCUAGUGUGGAGGCAUGGCUCUACAUUACGCCCAUGCAAGUGUCCUUUGUGUCGUCGUCCGAUUAGUUUGCUAGUUCCUUCUGAGGACACAUCGAGAGGGAGAGAUAAUGACUCUACAGUUUCAGAGGUUCUUCGCGAUGUUCAAACUUACAACCGAGUCUUUGGUGGACAGUCAACUGGUCUACUUCAGAGUAUGCGAGACCUUCCCUUCUUACUCCCAAGGCUGUUGAGAGAAAUUAUGGAUCCACAAAGAACGCUUCCACUCGUCAUCAAAGCUCGUGUUUACAUUGCGUUGAUACUCAGUGCUAUUUACAUAAUCAGCCCAAUAGAUAUCAUUCCGGAAGCAAUCUUUGGGAUUAUCGGUUUACUGGAUGAUCUAGCUAUAGCCCUCAUUUGUUUCCUCCAUGUUGCUGCUCUCUACCGAUCCGUUCUCUAUUACCGUCAUGGUGGCUCUGGUUCAUGAAACACUCUCUCAAGUCUCAAGUUCUCACAUCCAUUACAACUGAAGAACUAUGUGACAUGCUUUACUUGUUUUUGUUUUUUUUUUUUUGAGCAAAACUUUACUUGUUUUUGUCUUUGUUAUCUUCUUGAUGGUUUUUGAGUGUUUUAGAAAACUUAGAUAAAACAAAAAACAUUUAUUUCAUCUGAGCUAUUAUAGAUAUUGAAUUUUUUGACUAACAAAAGAAAAU